AUGAGAAGUGAGACGAGCAGAUUUCUGACUAUCUUCUUGAUCAAGGAGAUUAUACACCUCAGAGAGAGAUGGAAGUUCAAAGAGAAAUCGAAGGCUAUGAAAAAGAAGGGUAAUGGCGUGGCGUGUGGGAAGCGAGUACUGUGGAUGGAGACAGCAACAAGCAUUUGCCAUUUGCAUUGCUCUCUCAAACACGAGACGUCGCCGCUCACUGACAAAUCCUCACCGGAGCGACAGCGACUCUUCUUUCUUCUUUCUUUUUAA